UUUGGAAAUGAUCCAUCAUGUCUGCAGCCUGCAACGUCACAGAAAAUAUUUGAUGAGACCCGGUUUAUAGAACAGACACAGAUUUCCCAGUCUCAUGUCGCCACCUUAAAUCAAAAGCAUCAUCACUGGCAGUUUCUAGAAAAUAAACUGAAAGAUGCUGUGCAAGAAAAGGAUCGCCUGAGCCUUCAGUAUGCAAGUGUGUCCCACAAAGCACUGCAAUAUGACCAGGUAAAAUCAGACUAUGACCAUCUUCGAGAAACCCUUCUCAGAGUGACCAAAGAACGAGAUUUGGCUGUAAAGGGAAAACACCAGCUCCAAGCCAAGCUGGAGAACUUAGAGCAGGUCCUAAAGCAUAUGCGAGAGGCUGCUGAACGGCGGCAACAGCUGGAGUUGGAGCAUGAGCAAGCCUUGGCUGUCCUCAACGCCAAACAGCAGGAAAUCGAGCUCCUGCAGAAGGCUCAGGUUGAAGCUAAGAAGGAACAUGAGGGAGCAGUUCAGUUGCUAGAGGCCAAGGUCCGGGAGCUGGAGGAGAAAUGCCGGACGCAGAGCGAGCAAUUUAACCUCCUGUCCAGAGAGCUGGAGAAGUUUCGGCAGCAGGCAGGGAAGAUUGAUCUCCUGAGCAGCAACACGUUGGCACCCUCGGAUAUCUCUGGUUCUCCUGGUAAAUCCCUAUCCCAGUUAAUGAAUGGAAUAGCCACCUCUAUAGGCAAAGUUCACGAAAGUCCUUCUGGAAGUCGCUGUGUGAUCUCAGAGUUUAUACGACCCCUUCAAAUAUCUGGAGACAAACCAGAACAACUGUCUGUCAAACCUACAUUCCUGUCCAAGUCAAGAUCUGGUACCCCAAGAUGCAGAUUUGAUUCAGACAUGGAUAAUGAUCAGAAUUCCAAUACCUCAAAGCAGAGAUAUUCUGGGAAAGUCCAUCUUUGCAUUGCCCGUUAUAGUUACAACCCUUUCGAUGGACCAAACGAAAAUCCAGAGGCAGAGCUCCCUCUUACGGCAGGAAAGUACCUUUACGUGUACGGAGACAUGGAUGAAGAUGGCUUCUACGAAGGAGAACUUCUGGAUGGACAAAGAGGACUAGUCCCUUCAAACUUUGUGGAUUUUGUUCAAGACAACGAGACCCGGUUAUCAAGCACAUUAAGCAGCGAACAAGAUCAGAACUUUAUCAACCACUCGGGUCCUGCUUUGGAAGGAGAUCUCUUGGAGAUAAGUCCACCAAGUCACAUAGACUCCAGCGUCAUCAGCAACGGCGCGGGGACUCUGGAUGUGAACAUUGAUGAAAUUGGAGAAGACAUUGUGCCUUAUCCUAGAAAAAUCACCCUUAUCAAACAACUAGCCAAAAGUGUCAUUGUGGGCUGGGAGCCACCAGUAGUGCCACCCGGCUGGGGAACCAUCAGCAGCUACAACGUCCUGGUCGACAAGGAAAUCCGGAUGAACGUCGCCUUGGGGAGCAGAACGAAAGCUCUCAUAGAGAAGCUCAACAUUUCUGCCUGCACAUACAGAAUAUCCAUCCAGAGCAUCACCAACAAGGGCAACUCCGACGAGCUGCAGUGCACCCUGUUAGUGGGGAAGGAUGUCAUAGUAGCCCCCUCCAAUCUGAAAGUGGACAAUAUAACCCAGAUUUCUGCUGAGCUGUCCUGGCUCCCUACCAAUAGCAAUUACAGUCACGUCAUCUUCCUUAAUGAAGAAGAGUUUGACAUUGUCAAGGCUGCUAGCUACAAGUACCACUUUUUUAAUUUGAAGCCCAAUAUGGCCUACAAGGUGAAGGUCAUGGCAAAGCCCCAUCAGAUGCCCUGGCAGCUUCCCUUGGAACAACGAGAAAAAAAGGAAGCCUUUGUGGAAUUUUCUACAUUGCCAGCAGGUCCUCCAGCUCCACCUCAAGAUGUUGCUGUCCGGGCUGGGUCCACCCCAGGGACCAUCCAGGUGUCCUGGAAGCCCCCGACUCUGACGGCCACGGGGACCUCCCACGGCGCCAACGUCACAGGUUACGGUGUUUAUGCGAGAGGGCAACGGGUGGCAGAGGUGAUCUUCCCAACAGCAGAGAACACACUGGUGGAGCUGCUGAGACUGAGGAGUUUGGAAGCGAGGGAAGUUACUGUUCGAACGCUCUCUGCACAAGGGGAAUCAGUGGACUCUUCUGUUGCUGCCAUUCCACCCGACCUCCUGGUGCCUCCAACCCCUCACCCCAGAACUGCUCCCAAAUCUAAGCCAUUAGCAAGUGCCGGAGCCCCAGAAACCAAAGAAGAACAUUUAGGUCCCCAUUUAAAAAGGGAUGAGUCGUGGGAGCAGACUCGCUCGGCGUCCCCCGUUCACGGACACACACUUGAGCCCCCCAACUUCCACAGCCAUGGGAGGAGGUCUCCAUCCCCCAACAGGAUCCUCCCCCAGCCCCAAGGCACACCCAUCCCAAACACCGUCGCGAAAGCCAUGGCCAGAGAAGCUGCACAAAGGGUUGCAGAGAGCAACAGGAUGGAGAGGAGGAGUGUGUUCAGCGACAGGAGCAGUGCCCAGUAUGCCAACUCUGAUGAGGAGGAGGAUGGUUAUGAUUCUCCCAAUGUCAAAAGAAGGGGAGCUUCAGUGGAUGAUUUCCUAAAAGGGUCAGAACUUGGAAAGCAACCUCACUAUUGCCACGGGGAGGAGUAUCACACAGAGAGCAGCAGAGGCUCGGACUUGUCUGACAUCAUGGAGGAAGAUGAGGAAGAGCUCUACUCCGAAAUGCAGCUGGAGGAUGGAGGGAGGCGGCGAGUCAGUGUGAGCUCCCACAACGCCCUCAAGGAGUGCGAUAAGACCACUGAAGCCACUUUUUUGGAACAGCCUGACUUUUCACAGCAGAUACACCACAGUAAAAAGCUUUUCAGUAUUCCAGAAGUAGCUGAAGAGGAUGGGGAAUACUCUGAACUGCUGUACAAGCAGGGUUUAGGUCUGCCCUAUAAAAAGAACCCCAAAAUAGCUAGAGACUCUAGAGCACCUAGGCCCUACAGUCAAGACCAGCAGCACAACUUCUGGUACCCGGCCAAGCACAGGAUUUCAGGCGGGGAGGAUUUUGGCGCGGACGACAAAGGAUGCAAGUACAGCCGGUCCCUCUCGAGGAGCCCCGACAGUGGCCUGGACUGUGGCAGUGAAGAGGAGGAGUCUCGUUUCAGUUUCAGACACACUUGUGAUGCAGUUUCUGCCCACGUGGCCCCUCGCUGCUGCGCAGAGGCCGCUCACUGCUCCUGCAGGAAGAGCACGAGGCCGUUGCUGGCGCGCAGGAAAACCUUGACCAGGCAAAGCAGCAUCGAAGAAGAUUUCGGGGACCUGGGGCCUUCCUUUGUAGAGCCCAGGGGCGAACAGGCCAAGCCCAGUUACGAGAGGAAGUAUGAAGUUCAGAAGUGUAAUAGAACAGAUAAUUUCUCUAACGAAGAUGUUCAGGGAGGCUGGAGGACCGACUUUAAGCUGGCUGACUCUAGGGCAGCUGGGCCACUUGCAAAGCCAUCCCACAGAGAUGCAGAAGACUCUCUGCUUUUAGGUAAUCCAGCAUCUGCAGGACGGCCUGAAAGGGUGGAGCAUGCAGGACGAAGGUCCUCUCAUGGCAGUGCAGUGCCACAAAGGUCUCGGCCAAUGUUGGUCCCUUCCAUUGAAAUUACAAUGGACAGUAACAGUGAAGGCGCUCGGUCUCGGUCAGGUAGUGAGGGAAAUAUUUCACCUGUAAAAGAAGAAGCUUAUUAUGGCAGCCUUGGACACAAGCAGUGGCCCCCGCGGCGUCCCAUGGCCCCUCACCAUGGACACGAUGGCUAUGGUGGUCAUGACCAUCUUUCUCCAGACCUUUAUGAAGAAUCCGAAACAGAUCCUGGCACAGAAGAUAUUUCUACUCGAAUCUUUGUUGCGCUCUUUGACUACGACCCACUGACGAUGUCCCCAAAUCCUGACGCCGCAGAGGAGGAGCUGCCCUUUAAAGAAGGACAGAUCAUAAAGGUUUAUGGGGACAAAGAUGCCGAUGGAUUUUAUCGGGGAGAAACCUGUGCAAGAAUUGGCCUUAUCCCGUGUAAUAUGGUCUCUGAGAUCCAAGCAGACGAUGAAGAGAUGAUGGAUCAGCUUCUUAAACAAGGUUUUCUUCCUUUGAACACGCCAAUUGAGAAAAUUGCAGAGAGAAGCAGAAGGAGUGGCAGACAACAGCCAGUGACUACAAGAAGGAUGGUGGCACUGUAUGAUUAUGAUCCAAGAGAAAGUUCUCCUAAUGUGGACGUAGAGGCCGAGCUGACGUUCUGCACUGGGGACAUUAUCACCGUCUUUGGUGAGAUUGAUGAAGAUGGAUUUUACUAUGGUGAACUUAACGGACAAAAGGGGCUGGUUCCUUCCAACUUUCUUGAAGAAGUGCCUGAUGAUGUUGAAGUCUUUCUAUCCGAUGCACCCUCGCGCUACGUUCACGACACACCGACGCGUUCAAAAGCAAAAAGGGUUCCUCCUGAGAAUACAGGUACAUCCCGGAGAGCACCAUCCCCCACAGUUCAUCUCCAUUCCGGGUCACCUACGUCACCUAUGGGUUCUGGUAGUCCCGGGAGAGGCAGGGAUAUGUCCUCGAAAAAGAAAAAGGGGCUGCUUUCCAAAGGCAAGAAACUGCUGAAAAAGCUUGGUGCAGUGAAAUGAUUCAUGUGCUGCUCCUGGACAACUUGUAAAAGCUUCCAGUCUGUGUAUUUUAAUUUUUUUUUUUCUUUAAUUUUUUUUUUUUCUUCUAAAGUCAAAACUAGGGCUUUCAUGACUAUGCAGUACAACUUUACCAAACCUCUCUGCAUUUUUAACUCUGACAUCAAUAGAAUCAUGUGAAUUGCUUAAUCAAAACAGCAAGGGAAAAAAAAAAAAAAAAAAGGAAGUGGAUUUGUUGUUGCAAAAACCUUUUUUUAAAAAAUAAAAAAUUUUGUGGGCUUAAGAGCAGAAGAACGUGGUUUUAUUUGAAGUCAACUCAACACCUGCAACUCCACUGGAAAAAUCUCAGCCUUUUUAGCCUCCUUUAACCACCAGUGGUGGGGAGAAAACUCUGUUCCUUGAUUCCUAGUUCAGAGAGAUCACCCCACUGUAACUAAUCACUAACAAAAAUGGUCUUGAAACUCCUAGUUUAAUCAGCCUUGAUGUUUUGCCUUAUUAAUGCACAAUGAUUUGUACUGUCUAAUAAAUAUACAGCGUAUACUUUGUAUGUACUGUGUAUUCAACUGUCUUCAUCUUCCCUAAAACAUGGUAAUUUAAGAUCAAGUACUAUGUUACUGACUCCAUUCACUGUCUGUUGUAACUCCUGAGAGUUUGAAAGUGCUGUGCUAAAUGCUUUUUUUUUUUUUAAUUUUUUUUUUAGUUUUUGCUUCUUUAUUUCCCCCCACCUCCAAAACCCCUUGUACUGAUUUAUUCUGUCAACUUAUUUUCACUCCACUGAAAUCAGAUACAGUGUAAAUUAUUCAGAACCUCACCCAGUUUCAACCAUUCAACCUCCAGUUUAGGGGGGUUCCUGGUUUACUGUUCUGAACUACUGGGAAAAUCAAAAAAUUAAAAAAACAAAACAAAACAAAAAACCAACUCCACACCAACUCCCCUUUACUCCCUCAUAUUUUUUUUUUUUCUGUGGAGGUACAGUUCUAAGUUAAAAGGCAUUUUCAUAUUGCUGAUGUCAGAUUCAGGAUAAAGUACAUGUUUAAAGUAAAAAGGACAAACUGUGUUGCAGUCACAGGCCACAGCCAGUAACGAGGCUGCAAGAGGCUCUAAUCAAAUCUUAAUUGUGAUAUUGGCAUAUCAAGACAAACAAUCUUACACACUGAUGGCAGUCAUUGGCUGUUACUAUUUUGUAAUUCUUGUCCAUUUGUAAAUUGUUUUUACUGUUUAUACAUACUUUUCAGACUGCCUUUCUUUUUGUAAUUUAUGGAAGGUUUAUAAAUGAAUGAUCAAAGCUUCCCCAUUGUGUCUUCAGAUAAUAAUGUAAAUUACUGUAAGAUACCAUGUGCUAGAUUAUAACAUUUAAUUAAAGAAAAUAACUGGCCUAAAGUUGUGGUAAAGUACUGUGUGGGUGUGUGCAUGUGUACAAUUGUUGUGUAUUAUAUUUUAUAUAAAUAAAUAAUUUGAUAUUUUGUA